ACGUCAUCAAAAGGCGCCACCACAGCGAACUCAGAAAAAGCUGUCACCUCGACCUUUCCUGCUGCCGUCGCCUACCCUGUGAAUGUUUAUUGCGCCAGCUGGGAGUUAUUAAAUGGGACGCGGAUAAACGGGUCUGCCUGCGGACGGAGAGGAAAAAACAACAUGCUUCGUUUCUCCUGUUUGGUUCUCAACAGAGGAGCGGCUAGAAGGUUUGCUUCAUCUUUCUCCAGCGAGAACACUCUGCCUCCAAAUUUACUCCUCCCCUCAAAUCUUGUGGAUCCUGCCAGAUUAAAGCGUCCUCCACCUCCAGCCGACUCCUCCCUGCCUCUACUCAGGAAGUGCGAUGCUGCGGUCCCCCCUCACCUGAGACCCGUGCAGACGUGGGUGGAGAGUCUGGAGGGUAAGGACAGCGAACCGUCGGGUCUGACUGAGCUCCACCCUGAUGUUUUUGCAGUGCCUCCUAGGCUUGAUAUUCUACAUGCCGUUGAAAUAUGGCAAAAAAAUUUCAAAAGAAUUAGUCACGCUAACACAAAACUGAGGUCAGAGGUGCGUGGUGGAGGCAGGAAACCAUGGAACCAAAAAGGAAGCGGAAGAGCUCGUCAUGGAAGCAUCCGAUCACCGAUAUGGAGAGGAGGUGGGGUCUCUCAUGGACCAAGAGGGCCCAACAGUUACUAUUACAUGCUACCCAUGAAAGUUCGAGUGCAGGGGCUGAAAGUGGCGCUAAGCUCCAAGUUUGCUCAGCAAUACCUUCACAUUGUGGACUCGCUGAACAUUCCUACAGCAGACUCUAAGGACCUGCUGGAGCUCAUCAGACACAGACACUGGGGAGAGUCUGCGUUACUGGUUGAUGUGUGUCAAGAAUUCCCUGAAAACAUCCUCCAGGCUACAGCAAACCUGAAGACAGUGAACCUUAUUCCAGCCAUCGGUCUGAAUGUACACAGCAUGCUGAAACAUGAAGCCAUCAUCCUCACCCUGGACACUGUUAGGUUUCUGGAGGAGAAGCUCCUUUGGCACGACCAGCGUUACACACCUCUAUACCCGUUCAGACUGCCCUAUUCCGACUUCCCUUAAACAAUUAGUCUGUGAUGCAUUCACUGACAACAGCGAGAUGGAUUUUCUUAGUUUAUUAUGAGAAACACAAUGUCAAUAAAUAAUUCUACUUAUCAAAA